AGAAGGUGGGUGGGGAGCGCUGAAGUGGAGUGAUGGUCCGCAUCUGCAGCGACGGCUGGUGCGCCCUGUCGGUGGAGCGGCACCGGUCCACGCUGAAUUUCGCGCUGCUGAUCGCCGGUUACGUCCUCUACCUGCUGGCCGGCGCCGGCAUCUUCUCCGCCAUCGAGCGGCCCUACGAGCAGGAUCUCCGGGACGAGCUGAUGGCGACCCGGCGGGACUUCCUGAGCAACAACACCUGCGUGUCCGACGCGCGCCUGGAGGAGCUUCUGGCCCGCGCGCUCCAGGCCAGCAACUACGGGGUGAGCGUGCUGGGCAACAGCAGCCAGCGGAACUGGGACUUCGUGUCCUCCCUGUUCUUCACCAGCACCGUGCUGACCACGACAGGUUAUGGCCACUCGGUUCCCCUCUCAGACGAAGGAAAGGCCUUCUGCAUCUUCUACUCCCUCUUCGGAAUCCCAGUUACCCUCUUCUUCCUCACGGUCAUCGUGCAGAGGAUCAUGGCCCUGGUGACCCGACGCCCGUUGUCUUAUUUCCACCACCGAUGGGCCAUGUCUAAACCCAAGCUGGCUGCCAUACACGCUACCUGCCUAACCGUCACCAUGACCCUGCUAGUCCUCAUCAUCCCCGCGUGGAUCUUAGUCAACCUGGAGAAGCAGUGGGAUUUUCUGGGGUCUCUGUAUUUCUGUUUCAUCUCCCUGACAACCAUUGGCCUCGGGGAUUACGUCCCCGGAGAGACCCAGGGUGAAGAGGAGAACCGACACCCGCAGCUCUACAGGCUGGCGAUUACAGUCUACUUGCUGCUGGGCUUGAUCUGCGUGCUGGUGGUGAUGGAGACGUGUUACGAGCUUCCCCAGACGAGACGCCUCUCACAGAGGUUCUACAAAGAGAAAGUUCAGGAGCUCGACUCCGAGACCACCAACAUCAUCGACCGGGAUCACCUGAGCGAUGCCGCGGAUCGCGUGGCGGGUCACCUACCGGUUAUCCCUUCUGUCUCAGAACAGGCGGCGUCCCUUGGGCUGGACAACAAGCUGACGCCUUACGCCCCGGUGCCCGGAUCUGCUGCCAAAAGCAAACUGAGUUGACAGAUUGCCUGGAAAACAUUGCAUGUGUGGGAACUAUGAUCAAAAUUGCGUCUGUUAAGGACACGCCUGCUUUGACCUCUAAAUGUGUACAUGUGUUUACGUGUGUGUGGUGUGUGUAAGCUGUGUCAUAUAAUCACUUGAAAGAGGCUUUCUGCCAUUGCCAACACCAACAGACAUUCUUUGGUGCAACAGCAGGAACCACCCAGAGAUUAUCAGGACGGCAUUGUUGUCUCGUUCUCCCGUGUAGCUCCAAUUUGCCGCAGAUAAGAACUCUAUCUGCAACACGGAGGAAAAGGCUGGGCCCCCAAACGGAGGGAAACCCCACGAGGUUCCACUUCCUGCCAAAGCCUUGAUGCCGUAAUUCCAAAGCGGAACAGUUUUCCCCCGAGAGGAUUUCGCACCCGUUCUUGUCACUUUAUGUAAUCUAUGGUGGUAUUUGCAUGAGACAUUUGCCUUUUUGUUGGAAGUAGUAUAACAGCACCACGCGUACUAAUCUGUUCGCCUACUGUACAUUAUACGAUAGGAUUCCUGUAUAUGGUAAUUGCUGAAUUGAAUUGGGUGGACAAAAUAAUAGAAUUCAAUAAUAUUAUUUACUAUGGCUUUCUCAAAAUAUUUUGAAACAGAAACAGAAAAAAACGGCUGCAUGAAAAGAAGAUUUAUUGCAGCUGUUAUAGCAGACUGCAUUUGUUUUAGCUGGCUGUAACAACUUGACAUUAUAUUUCAACUAAUCAUAUUGUGUGUGUGCCUUCUCACCACUAGAGGGAAGCACUUUCAUCUUAAAUACAAAAGAGUUUUUUUGUUACUGGGAUUUUUGUUAGUGGGAUGUUAUCGCUCAUGGUGCUCAGGAGAAAGUUGAAAUCAAAAUAUAACAAUGCAUGAAUGCGUCGCUGUCACAGCUGAGGCUGAGGAAGCAUGCUGUUCUUUUCACUGUCAUUUCUCUGCUUUUAAUCAAGAACAAAACAUUGUAGUAACAGUUUUUGAUAAAAUAAAAUUCCUGUAUAAAAUGUUAA